AUGUCAUUGUUUAAAUCAAUUAUUUCAAUUAACCAAAUUAAUAAAUCAAAAACAACAAAAAUAAAUGAAAAUAUAAAUAAAAAUUAUUUUUGUGAUGAAAAUAAAAACUCAAAGUGGAGUCCAAUAAUUAUAUAUGUUGGAUUUUAUGUUGGUCCAGCAUAUAUUUGA